UUAAAGGAGCUCCCUAACGCAAAAAAAACAGGGCGUCCAUUGAAAUUUGGUGCACUUCUGAAUACUGAGGCCCAAGCUAUGCCAGCUGACCUACAAGCUGCUGGCUCUGUCUUAAAUACUAGAUUUGGUAUGUUGGAAUUUAAGGACAAGGGACGCCUUGUUAAGUAUGGUGGUGAUAUUGUUGUCACAAAGUCUUUCGUGAGAUCAAUGUUCGAUCGUAUGGGGUUGGUAAAUAGAAAGGGGACUAAACAAGCCCGAAAGCUAUAGGAAAAUUUUGAGGAAGUAAAAUCUGAAUGUCUAAAUAAACGUCAAAACAGUUGUUAAUAAGUACAGUAUACCAAAUUCUCUUAUUAUGAACUGGGACCAGGUGUCAACAUUAUUCCCGUUUCAAAAUGGACAAUGGCAAAACUUGGAAUCAAGCAGGUGGAAAUCGGAGCCUUAGACGACAAACGUCAAAUUACAGUCAUACUGGCAAGUACCUUGACCGGAUCUAUGAUUCCUCCCCAGGUCAUUUACAGUGUUCUUACUCCUCCUUGCCAUCCUUCAGCAUCCUUUCCAUUCUGGUGGAACAUUACACAUUCCGAAUCGCUUUGAAGCACGACAGAAACAAUGAUCAGGUGAUUACACAUGUUUUUAUUAUUCUAUUAUGCAGGCUAAAGUUUAAUAAUUUAGUUUUCUACUACUAGUAUAGCUUUGGUCAUUAUUGUCAUCUUAACAUAUUUUUGUAGCUAUGCAUCGGAGGUAAUUGUUCCAUACGUCACGAGUAAACAAUUGAAGAUGAGGAUAUGCCACUUGGCCAAAAGGCAUUAGUACUGUUCGAUGUCUAUAAUGCACAAAGUAAGAAUGAUGAAAUGAAGGCUAUUCUACGCAAGGCAAACAUUAUAGACAUACCGAUACCUGCAAAUUGCACAAGUGAACUUCAACCAGGAGAUGCCAA